AUGUCAAAGGUAUUCGUCGGCAAUGUCAAGAGUGUGUUGAGUGGUGACACACUGAUCUUGACAAGCCCUAACAAUCCCUCGGCCGAACGAAACUUCUCGCUCGCAUAUGUCACCGCCCCCCAUUUGAGGCGAGAGGGAGACGAGCCAUUUGCUUUCCAGUCCCGCGAAUAUCUUCGUAACCUAGUUGUCGGCAAGCCGAUUCAAUGCACAAUUCAAUACACCAUCCCCAACUCUGGCCGAGAGUUUGGCACGGCCAAGUUGAAGGAUGGUGGCGAGUUGCCUGACGAACUGGUCAAGGCUGGCUGGUUAAAGGUCCGUGAGGAUGCCGGCCGCAAGGAAGAAAACGAAGAGGUCUUGGAGCGUCUCGAAAAGCUCCGUGGCUAUGAAUCGGAGGCCAAGGCCGAGGGCAAGGGUCUUUGGGCUGGCACCGGUGGUGUUAUUGAGGUCCAGAAUGACCUUGGUGGACCUGAGUUUAUGAAGGAGUGGAAAGGCAAGACUGUGGAUGGUGUAGUUGAACGGGUACUCAGCGGCGACCGACUCCUUGUGAGACUCUUGCUCUCAGAGAAGAAACAUGUGCAGCCCAUGACCCUCAUUGCUGGCAUCCGUACGCCUGCUACGGAGAGAACAGUCCCAUCCACUGGUACUACCCAGCCGGCUGAAGAAUUCGGAAACGAGGCUAGGCAAUUCGUUGAAUCUCGCCUGUUGCAGAGACAGGUCAAGGUUGAGAUUGUCGGUGCCAGCCCUCAAGGGCAGCUGGUUGCCAGCAUUAUCCAUCCUCGCGGCAACAUUGCCGAGUUCUUGCUGCAGGAUGGUUUGGCUCGAUGCAACGACUUUCACUCCACCAUGCUGGGCGAGAAAAUGGCUGCGCUUCGGUCUGCCGAAAAGCAGGCCCAGUCGAAGAAGCUACGACUCCACAAGCACCACGUCGCAAAGGCGGUCGGCGACAACCAGGAGAUGACGGUUAGCAAAAUCGUUGGUGCUGAUACAAUUUUUGUGAAGAACAAGGCCGGAGCGGAGAAGAGAAUUAGCUUCAGCAGCAUUCGCGGUCCCCGAACCAACGAGGCUAGUGAGAGCCCAUUCAGAGAAGAAGCCAAGGAAUUUUUGCGACAGAAAUUGAUUGGAAAGCAUGUAAAGAUCAGCAUUGACGGAAAGAAGCCCGCGUCUGAGGGCUUCGAGGCCAAGGAGGUGGCUACAGUCACUGAGAAGGGGAAAAAUAUUGCCCUGAUGUUGGUCGAGGCAGGAUGGGCAUCAGUCAUUCGCCACAGAAAGGACGAUACCGACAGAGCCUCUAAUUACGACGAGCUUCUCGCAGCUCAGGAGAAGGCCAAGGAAGAGCUGAAGGGUAUGUGGUCUGGCAAGCCUCAGAAGGCAAAACAGUACACAGAUCUAUCAGAGAACGCUCAAAAGGCCAAGAUUAUGCUCGCCACGCUGCAAAGACAGAAGAAGGUUCCUGCGAUUGUUGAUUUCUGCAAGGCUGGCUCCCGAUUCACGGUCCUUAUUCCCCGGGAGAAUGUGAAGCUUACGAUGGUUCUUGGUGGCAUCCGGGCUCCGCGGGCUCCUCGCGCUGAUGGGGAAGGCGGCGAGCCGUUUGGCAAGGAGGCUCUGGAUCUGGCAAACCGACGAUGCAAUCAACGAGACUGCGAGGUCGACAUUCACGACAUGGACAAGGUUGGUGGGUUCAUUGGCGCUCUGUACAUCAACCGCGAGAACUUCGCCAAGAUAUUGGUAGAGGAAGGCUUAGCUUCUGUUCAUGCAUACUCUGCUGAGAAGUCUGGAAACUCGACGGAGCUGUUUGCCGCCGAGAAGAAGGCCAAGGAGGCUCGAAAGGGACUGUGGCACGACUAUGACCCUUCGCAAGAGGAGGCUGAUGAGGAAGAGGAGACUACCGAGGAGACUCCUGCUGAGUCAGAGGUGUCACUAGACAAGAAGCCUACGGACUACCGCGAUGUUAUGAUAACCAAUAUUGAUGGAAACGGCAAGAUCAAGAUCCAGGAAAUCGGCAAAGGUACUGCUGCUCUGGAGACGAUGAUGAACGAGUUCAGAAAGUUCCACCUCGACUCCAAGAACAAUAAGCCCUUGGGCGAUGCCCCCAAGACUGGAGACUUUGUUUCUGCCAAAUUCUCCGCCGACGGACAGUGGUACCGAGCUCGAGUCCGGUCCAACGACCGCACUGCCAAGGUGGCUGAAGUCCAAUAUGUCGACUACGGAAACACUGAGAAGAUUCCUUGGUCCGACCUUCGAGGCCUUGAUCACGGCCAGUUUGGUAUUCAGAAACUCAAGGCUCAGGCUAUUGAUGCCUCUUUAUCCUUUGUCCAGCUCCCCACUGGUGCUGAUUACUUUAAUGAGGCUAUCGGCGUCAUUGCUGAGAUGACGGAGGGCAAGCGACUGGUGGGCAGCUUCGACAUUGUGGACAGCAAGGAGAAUGUGAGCUACAUUACGCUGUACGAUCCCAAGUCGAACAAUGAAUUGCCUGGCUUGAAUGAUUCGAUCAAUAAGGAGGUUGUUGCCAGCGGUUACGGCAUGGUUCCCAAGAAACUGAAGGCUUGGGAGCGGAGCAAGGCAUUUGAAUCGUACUUGAAGCACCUCAAAGAGGUUGAGAGCCAGGCCAAACAAGAUCGUCUGGGCAUGUGGGAGUAUGGUGAUAUUACCGAGGAUUAG